AUGCAUGACAAACCUGAACAUGAUAUACAAUCCACCCAGAAUGAAACCAGUGAAGCCCUUGAACCCAACUCUCAAUUACCAGAUUCAUCCAUCGAUUCUGCUCCUCCGGAUGGAGGAUAUGGGUGGGUGUGCACCGUUGCCGCUGCGACCAUCAACGCGCAUUCCUGGGGCUUCAACUCGGCCUAUGCGGUCUUCCUGGCCUAUUACUUAAACAACAAUAUCUUUCCCGGCGCCACUUCUCUUCAAUAUGCAUUGGUCGGAUCAUUGAGUCUCACAUGUCUGAUGCUCAUCUCGCCCGUGGCAACUCUCGCAGUUGGCAAGAUUGGAAUUCGGGCUACCAUGAUGUGUGGUGUAGUCCUUGAGACUGCAAGUCUAUUGUGUGCGAGUUGGGCAUCACAAAUAUGGCAUCUGUUCUUGACACAAGGACUGGUCUUUGGUAUGGGCUUGGGCCUCAUCUUUAUCCCCGUGGCAGCUGUGGUCCCGCAGUGGUUCACUACCAAACGAUCACUAGCAAGCGGGAUCUCACUGGCCGGUGCAGGCCUGGGUGGUGCAAUCUAUUCUCUUGCAGCCGCGGCCAUGAUACGCAAUCUCGGACUCAGACUCACCUAUCGAAUUCUGGGGAGUAUCGCCUUCGUCGUGAACACGAGCUGUACACUUCUCAUUAAAGACCGCAAUCGCGCUACUGGGUCAAAGCAAGUACCAUUCGAUGCUACCUUUUUCAAAAGGUGGGAAUAUACACUCUUGCUCGGAUUCAGUAUUUUCAGCAUGUUGGGCUACUUCAUCCUGAUCUUCAGUCUGGCCAAUUUCGCAAACUCGAUUGGCCUCAAUUCCUCGCAAGCCUCUGUUGCCAGCGCACUCUUCAACAUCGGGCAAGCGAUAGGGCGCCCCUUGAUCGGGUAUUUCAGCGAUAAGACGGGACGCAUCAACAUGGCCGGCUCAAUGACCUUCCUUGCUGGUGUAUUACCCUUGGUGAUCUGGACCAACACAAAGAACUACGGCGUAUUGAUUUUCUUCGCCAUUGUCGAAGGUCUUGUCGCCGGAAACUUCUGGGCCACGAUAGCACCCCUCGUGGCGGAAGUUGUCGGACUGGAGAAUGUGCCUUGUGGUCUGAACCUGAUCUGGCUGGUCAUCGCUAUACCAUGCACCUUCAGUGAACCGAUUGCGUUGGAAAUUUUCUCGGGGACGAGAAGUUAUCUCGGUACGCAACUGUUUACCGGAUUCAUGUACAUUGCUGCUGCUGCGUGUAUGUUGGCACUGCGAGGAUGGAAAAUCGGCCAGAAUGCGCAGUCUGUCGAUGAGAGCGACUUAGGCGAGCCGAGGCAAAAGAUCAGGGUCGAGGACUGUUGCUACAAGUGCUUCAAAUGGGCCAAUGUAUAA